UCGACCGCAUUUUUUUACAAUUGAAUGAUUACGACUGAUGUUUAAACGCCUGAAUUGAUACCGAUAAUAAUAUGUUGACACCCGCAAUUUUAAGUCUUUCCAGAUAUAGAUUUUAAGUACAAACCUAAGAAUAGUACCGAACGCUCCCCUGCUUAUCAAGUGCUUUAGAACCAUACAAUAAUUGUAUUGUUUUAUAAACAAACAUUAUGAUGUUGAAACAGUAGUAAGUAGAGUGUAUAAGCAAGCACACAGCAGUUGUAACAUCGAGUCUCGCUUCUCGCUAGCUGUUAUUGCCAUAAUAAUUUAUGUACGUAUGUUCUCAAUGCAUAUUUAUGCAGUCUGCAUAACAACUCUGCCUUCGACAAUAUUGUUACGACAUUUCCUGGUCAAAACGGCAUAAUUCGAACAUUCGAAAUUUAAUGGAAUCUUUGAAAGCUGAAACCAUCAAUUAUUAUUCUCAUUUUUAAGAUUUAUUUAGACGUUGUAUUGUGUAAUAAAGCGAUACCUAACGGUCCAAGGACACAUGUGUUCCUAAGUAAUCGUGACGUGUUAGUCACACUUGGUAUUGUAAUAAUACUCGUUGACUGGUUUCAAGGCACGGCCAAGUUGAUCCAAUGGUGAAAUCUGUCAUAAACAUACUAUUUUUACACGUUAUUACUGAAAUAAAUUGAAAACUUAUUUAAAAAAAAAAACUUAUGUUUUCCUAUAUUAAAUCAGAUUAUGGCUAUACAAAACUCCGGAAAAACUUCGGAAGGCAGACAUUAUUUCAAAAAGUGCCAGCCCAUAUUGUAGAUUCCAUUAUACCAAACAAAGACGAACAAAAACAAUAUAUGUUGCGGAAUCCCGUGCACCGUCUAGUGCAAUCAACAAUGGCGCAGUCGGAAAACGAAACGAACACUGAGCCCGUGGUAGUUCACGAACAAGGCAUUAACCACACUGAAGGUGGAUGGCCCCGUGAGGUGCACAUUUACAACGAAGACCACGUAAAUCGGCAUCGCCGUCGCGUUAUGCACGACGAUAACUACGUACAUACUGUACUGAACCUAGCGCCUGUAAUGAAUCAUUAUCUAGAUCAAAACAACGCAAUCGAAUUAUACCAAGCCUACUUCUGCGAUAUGGAGUCGCAAAAGCCUGUCGAGAAAUACGAUGUAAAAAUAGCGAAUGUUUUCCGUGAUCCCUCUUCGCGACCUAUUAGUUGCAUUCAAUGGACAAACGAAAAGAAACCAAAGCUUGUAGUUGCAUAUAGCAACCCCAGAACUACUCAUGAAAAUAAUUCAUGUUUCUUCUGGGAUCUAAAUCGACAAACGAUCCCGGCACAUGAAAUAACUCCGGAGGAAGCUUGUUGGCAAUUAGCAUGUUCUUCAUUAAAUCCCGAACAAGUCAUCGCAGGCCUACAAAAUGGUACAGUAAAUUUAUUCGACAUUCGUGAGGGCAAAAAACCUAUUUCACAAACUUCUAUUUAUAAUUCACAUCGUGGACCAAUCACAGCAUUGCUUUAUACACAUUCUAGAACACAAACCGAAUUUUUCACUGGCUCUCUAGACGGUCAAUGUUUAUGGUGGGAUGUGAGAAAUCUUAAUCAACCAAUAGAUUGUCUAAUAAUGUCAAUAAAACUAAGACCUAAUGAGAAUCCAAACAUAGGUAACGCUGAAGGUAUUUCUUCAAUGGAAUUUAACUCUUCUCUAUCAACAAGAUUUUUGUGUGGAACUGAAUCAGGCUUAGUUUUAAACGUGAAUCGCAUGGGAAGAACUCAUUCAGAAACUUUACCUUCGUAUUGGGAAGCUCAUUCGGGUCCCGUUAGAACCGUUCAACGAAGUAAUUGUACUUCACGAAUGUUCCUUACUUGCGGCGAUUAUUCGGUUCGUGUGUGGAGUGAAGAAGUGCAUACUGCUCCUAUAAUAGUCACGAGACCGUAUCGGUACGAAGUAACUGACGCUACUUGGGCGCCACUUCGAUUUUCUAGCUACAUGGUAGUGUGCAAGAAUGGAACAUUCUACUAUUGGGAUUUUCUACGUAAAUACAAAGAACCUUUGACCGCUUUGAAACUAUCCCAGAAUGAACUUACGAAAAUUAGUCCGUAUUCUGAUGGUGAAUCGGUAGCUGUGGGAGAUAACUUCGGGGCUUUGUACCUAUUACAUUUAUCUGAAAAUAUGACAACACCAGAUUUUAAUGACAAACAUCUUAUGAUGCAAACGUAUGAACGUGAAACGCGGCGAGAACAUAUUUUAGACAACCGCUUAAAAGAAAUUAAUUUAAGAGCACGCAUGGAACAGGAAGCAAUAAUAAAUAGCCCCGGAGAUGAUCAAAAUGAAGACGACUUACAAAAAUUGACUGAUGAAUAUUUCAAAAUCAUAAAACAAGACCUGCGGGAUGCAGAAAGCUUUUCUCGUAGUUUAUCGAUUACGUGAACAGUAGUAAUUAUACUUUAAUUUAAACUGAACAAUGAAUUACUUCAUAAACUGUAAUAAUAAUGUCCAUUUUAUUAUUUAUGAGAUAAAAAAAAUGUAUUCCGGAUGCUAGGCACGAAUCGAAACCCGCAUGUCUGGGCAGAUCGGACGUACAUUCGGCUGGGGCCACGACCAACGAUUUAUCUUACACUACGACAAAUAUAUCUUGACCUGUCAACAUUCAAUUGGAAUCUCAUCUAUAAUAUAACGGUUAAAUUGAUGGGCAAGGCGAGGGAGGCCUCAUUACAAUGGUAACGUAAAUUACUCGCGCCCGUGAGUUGCGUGAAUACAAAAGUGCGUCACCGGCAACUUUCACCGCGACUUAGUACUAACGAGUAAAUAGACUCGCGCACACUGACUUUAAACUGGUCGUUGUACCUACGGUAGCCGCCUUUCCACCAUGUUUGUUCCUGGUUCCAUACCUUUGUUAGUUUCUCUAGAACUGUGACAAAGUAGUUCAUUCAGGUACAUUGCAUUCAUUCCUCACCUAGAGACAAUAUCCGUAACAUACACAUUUACGCUCUGCUUGUAAAUUAUUGUUAAACUAACGACCCGCCCUCGCUUCGCUUCGGAAACUGUAAUUUAUUAUUGAUUUCUCCACUAUUUAAUGGAUGUUAUUAUUUAUAUAUAUAAACCUUCCUCUUCAA